GUUCCAAAUCGACCAACAUCUUUCUCCACUUUAACAUCUUCCUCAGAUGUGGCUUCACAAUCUCUUCCCAUGCCACAAGCAACACCUACUCCUAAAAGGGCAAGAGAACCCACUGCUGUAACUGAUGGUAUGCUGCAAAGGGAAGGAGAACCCCCUAUUGUACCUGAUAACAUGCCACAAAAGCAAAGAGAACUCCCAGUUGACAGAAAUAGGCCUUUACCUGCUGAGCAACCGGUUAUGGAAGAUGCACAGGUGGCUGCUAAUGAAGAAUCUACUGAUAGA